CUCGAUUCUAGAAUUCUGAGACAACAGUUGGAAGCGCGCAACACAUGUCCGACUAACUUCCUGGCCUCUCAAACAGCAAACCCCGUAAUUCAAUCGCGUUUCUUUGCUCUCAGAGGACCCAAGCACAAGCCUCGCAUAAUCACAACAUGGCCAGCUCGGCGACGUCCAAAAAGCGGCUCGCGCUCGCCAUAAUAGACUUCCUCAACGCCUCGCUCAAAGACGGAACAGUCUCUUCGGAAGACUCCGAGUCGAUAGAGAUCGCCACGAACUGCAUUGCAGAGGCCUUCAAGGUCGAUCCUACAGACGAAGCUGCCAUUAAGGAUGCGCUCGGGGGCCAGAACUUGCUGGCCAUCUACUCGGUGUACGAGAAGCUGAAGGGAAAGAGCACGGCAAGCACAACGGGCACGUCAAGCGCCGCCGAGGGCCGCCCUGCAACCCCCCAGACCGCUGCAAAGGGCGGGUCGGCCGCUGGGGCAGGGCCUAACGAGGAGACGAAGAAGAAGGCCGACGAGCUCAAGGCACAGGGCAACCAAGCCAUGCAACGCAAGGCGUACGCAGAAGCCAUCGACUUCUACACGCAGGCAAUCAACCUCGAUCCCCUCAACGCAAUCUACCUCUCUAACCGGGCUGCCGCAUACUCUGCUUUGCAGCGCCACGCUGAGGCAAAGGCCGACGCGGAGAUGGCGACGGCCGCUGAUCCGUCGUACACGAAGGCGUGGAGCAGACUCGGUCUUGCGCAUUUCGCGCUUGGGGACGCGAGGGCUAGCAUGGAGGCGUACAAGAAGGGCAUCGACGCCGAGGGCAACGGCGGAAGCGAGGCCAUGAGGAAAGGGUACGAAACCGCGAAACGCAGGGUCGAAGAAGAAGAAGGCUCCGGGGCGGCCGGCUCAAAUGACGACAUAUCCUCGCGCGGCGGUCCCGGCGCAGGGGGAAUGCCAGACCUGUCCUCCCUGGCUGGCAUGUUCGGCGGCCAAGGCGGCGGCAGCGGCGGCAUGCCCAACUUCGCGGAGAUGAUGAACAAUCCGAUGAUGAGGCAGAUGGCGCAGAACCUCAUGUCUAACCCCGAGGCCUUGAACAACCUCAUGAGCAACCCGCGCAUACGCGAAAUGGCCAACCAGUUCAGCGGCGCCGGCGGAGCGGGAGGACGGGGUGGCGGGAUGCCGGAUCUGUCCAGUUUGAUGAACGACCCGAGCAUAGCUGAAAUGGCGAGAAACUUGAUGGGAGGAGGCGGCGCACCUGGGGGACGUGGGCGAGGCGCGUGAAAGAAAACGCUUGAUCACUCGAGAGCAAACGAGGCAUGGCGCAGAGAGCACUGUCCGGGCCAUUACACAAAAGACAGGAUAGAUCCAGCAAUAUACCAGCAAUGACAUGUAGCCAGCGUUCUGUAUUGUUCCCCCGCGAACAUGCCCCCACCGGCGAGCAUUUGUGGGGUUUGCACUGAGUACGUGAAAAUGAAAAGGAGCAUUGAGCAAAUGGUGCGGGAUGAAGGCUCUAUUCUUUACGUUGAGCUCAUUGUGCUUGCUUGCUUGCUUGCUUGCUUGGACUGGUCCCUUGCAGUCAUGAUACAGAAC